CUCACUUCACUCACGUCCAGGGCACGUGAAGGCGUCAUGAGCGUGCCGUUCUGGACCGGUACCGGACCGACGCGGAACCGUACGGGCUAAUGCUGGCCGGCGCGUGCACGAGAGAGUACUGCACACACUCCCAAAGGCGAGAGAAGAUGUGGCCGCGCGCGAGUGUGUGGCGUUCGUGGACAGCCGUUUUGGCGGGCUUGGCGUGUGUCCGCGCGGAGGACGCGUGCCCGCCAGCGUGCGCGUGCGACAGAGAGUCCGGCACGGUGAGCUGCCGUGACGGCGGGGUCUCGGGAGUGCCGGGAGACGUCCCGCAAUGGACGUCCACGCUGAUCGUGCGCGGGAGAAACGUGACAACUUUGCGGCGUGGUGCGUUCGGGGCCAACGGCACAGAGUUGGACAUGGCGACUUUGUCCCUGGCCUCAAACAUGAUCCGGGUCAUUGAGGCCGACGCCUUCUUCGGACUUCCGCGUGUGCACAUGCUGGAUUUGAGCCACAACUGCAUAGAGUUUAUCUCAGCUGGUGCGUUCAAUGGACUUGUGGAACUUCGCAUGCUGUGCCUCAAUGAGUCCAUCCUGCCUCAGGUGGCCAUGCAACUCUCGGCCGCGCUCGCCUCUAAAAGUCUUCACAACCUUCACCGCCUGGAGCUGGCGGGCAACCGUCUGCGGUCCAUCCCGCUGGCAAGUUUGGAUGCGUCCAACCUGCACCAGUUAGUGCUGGUCAACAACUCAAUCGAGACCAUCAACAGAGACAACGUCACCAGCCUGGGGCAGCAGAGGCGCACCAGGGUCUACUUGUCACAGAACCCCUUCCGGUGCACGUGUGACCUGGAAGCCUUCUAUUACUGGCUCAAGAACUCAUCCCAGUGUCCCGACGCGGCGCUGCUGCGUUGCAGCGAGCCCGAAGCCAAGAGAGGCCUCGCCCUGGAGAAACUACGCGGGGAGGACGUGGACUGCGUGAACGAGAACCUGGAGGCGGUCUCCUACGUGUUCCUGGGCAUUGUCCUGGCUCUGAUCGGGCUGGUGUUCCUCAUGGUGCUCUACCUGAACCGAGGCGGCAUUAAGCGCUGGCUCAACAACAUCCGGGAGGCGUGCAGGGACCAGAUGGAGGUCUACCACUACCGCUACGAGCAGGACUCGGACCCACGACUGGCCAAUGUGGCCGUUUAACCCUGUGACACAGCCAAAGACAAUAACUUUAUUGAUCAUCUUCUUCAUCUCAGCAGGUCAAUAGCUCUACUUAAUACUGUAUGAAGAUAUUUAACAUCUACUCUUUUUAAAACCUUAAGAAAUGCAAAGACAACAUAGAAAGAGGCAGACAGGACAAAGAUUGGUGAGUUUUAAAUGAAUGAACAUGCAUGUUAAUGUUAUUUGUAGGAUUAGACGACCAGGAUGUAAAUAAAGAUGUAACUUUAGUAUUUGUAAAUACACUACUGACAUUAUUCAAGUGUCUAGUAAAGGCUUCUUUUUCUAAAGGUAGAACUCAUUUCAUCUCUUUAGUUAACCAGAAAUAACUAAAGGUAUCAUUCCUUCUCAUCUUCUCGGGUUUAGUGUCUGAGUGUAAAUAAACGUUAUAUUCUAUUAAUAUUGUUAACAUAGGAGAAAGAGGGGAGACUGACAGGGGGGCAUGUAGACAGAAGAGCAAUUUGUCAGCAGUGUUAAAAGUUGCCAUCUGUGGCAUAAAAAGUGUGUCGUGCUGUUGUUGGACGUCAAUGACAUGGCCAGGACAUCAACUGAUGUCGACUUUGUCCACAGGAUGUCCCAAGAGGAUGACAAGGCAGCUUUGACUGGAUGAGGGGGACACAUUCUUGCUAAUAUUUUGUCUUUUUCAUUUUUGAAAAAGUUAGCUAAGCCCUAUGUCCACACAUAUAGUACAUUAUGAUUAAAAAAAAUUUUUAAUGGGCCCCCUGGGACAAAUCCAGACCUUAUUUUCAACUCCAGAGUAGGAGUGUCACGAGAUACUCUGUUCACGAGACGGGACGAUAUGCAAGAUUGGGUCUAUGAGACGGAGAAAGAUUUUAACAUUACUUUUAAGAAAAGUACAAUGAAAAAAUAUAUGACAAUCUACUCAUUUAAUUUCUACUACAUUACACUCUUAUGCUAGCGGCCCCGCCUCCACCCACCGAGACCAAGAAACUGAACGACUGACAAAAGGGCUCACUCCGUUUAUGCUGUUGUUCUAUGGAACAAACACGGCAAGGAGCUAUAACGAACGCACAGAGUGAACUCUCUCCCUGCCUGUUUGGAGGCAAGAGUUGUGGAAAACUGACACGCCUGCACAUUGCAAUAUAUCACACCAGCAAAAUUAGAGUUCAUUUAUUGUGUGAUUAAUUCAUUCAUUUCUUAUCAACCCAGGCCUUGUGCCCUCAAUAAAUUUUUUUUCUACAUGAGAAAUCUUGUGACGCCCCUAGUCUAGAGACAAAAACAAUCAUCUGAUAUCAAUAGCUUUUAAAGAAAGUCAGGAAAACACCCCGGCUGUGCACUCAGUACACGGAUAUUGCACAUAAAAUGAUCAAAAUGGUGAAUGCGCAGCGCUGAAUUGCUACCAAUAGUUCUCAAUAGUCGCCAUAUUGGCUAUGUAGCAGACGGGGAUGGACUAAUCCACCAUUAAAAAGCAGUC